AGGCGGUCUGUUUCUAGGAUGAUGAAUGGCACUUCUUCCCCCCGUCGGAACGGGAGAGGUUACGGGUGCACUACGAUCUAAGACUAUAGGCCACCCUGUGGAGCGAGGAAAAGGGAGGGGCAGCGAUGAGGUGGAGGGACGUGUUUUCCUUUUUACACUCCUCACAUAUUGUAGCACACUGAGAGUGAAAGUAGCCGGUCUCCACGAGUGACAGACGGAGUUGGAGCAUCCCGAAGGGACGGCGCAGGAAAACAGCGAAGCGCCGUCGCACGCAAUGCUGCCUUUUUCUCCUGCCAAGUGCGGACCAAGUCUGUUUGUAAUUAAAGCGAAUGUGCUUUAAACGGAAAAUGCGCAGAAAAAUAAUAAUGAUCGUGGGAUCACCGUCGUUGGAUGGAUUUGAAGACAUGAAGUGCGUCUGGGUCAGUUUGAGAUAAGGAACAUUUUAAACCGGCAGCAUUUUGCGUUUUUCAAUGCCUGGUUUAUAAUUUAAUUUGAAUAGAUCAAUGGACUGGUUUAGAACGCCUCGAAUUUCUGUUUUUUAAACACCCAUUCCAGUUUCUGGAUAUGCGCAGACAGCGUUCAAGGCGAAAUAGCCUAAAUAGAUUUAUUUUUGCAUUUACUUAUAUUUCGCGAGUGUGAGAGAGACAUGAUGUGGACUGCAUCGAGACCCAAGACGCCCUUGUGAAUGUAAGGGCAACAUAUAUUUCUUGGGAAAUGAUACAUUUUGCGAAGGACGUAUUUAUCGCUAUGUGUGUCGGUCCGCUACGGAGUGUUUGCAGUUCCUUGGAUAAGUAUUAUGACCUGGGACUUCCGGGGGUUUUGAUCCGAUAAGACCAAAUGUUACAAAAAUAAAGAUUCGUCGAGAAGAAAUAGAAGACAGAAACAUCGGGAGAAUCGGGACUCCACUUUUAAUUGUCAACGACACAUUUAGACUAAGCGUCGAAACUGGGAGUCACACAGCGUAACUGGAAUAUCAGAAUUUACGACCACAAGACACAGACACGACCUCCAACAUGUUUAAACGAGGCUGCGGGCUGGAGGUUCUGCUGGUCCUGUGGGGUUUGGAGCUGUCCUGGUCCUGCCCGCGACACUGCAUCUGUUACACGGCACCCAGCACGGUCAGCUGCCAGGCGCACAACUUCCUGUCGGUCCCCGAGGGAAUCCCGGCAGACAGCGAGCGCAUUUUCCUGCAGAACAACCGCAUCAGGAGGCUGCAGCGCGGCCACUUCAGCGCCACCACCAUCAAACUGUGGAUCUACUCCAACAACAUCAGCUACAUUGAGCCGUCCACCUUCCUGGGCUUCAGUCUGCUGGAGGAGCUGGACCUGGGUGACAACCGGCACCUGCGGGCCCUGGCGCCGGACACCUUCCAUGGGCUGAGCCGGCUGCAUGCCCUGCACCUGUACCGCUGUGGCCUGACCGCCCUGCCCCCCGGAAUCUUCCAGGGCCUCAGGAAUCUGCAGUACCUCUACUUACAGGACAACCACCUGGAGCUGCUGCAGGAUGACCUGUUCGUGGAUCUGCAGAACCUGAGUCACCUCUUCCUGCAUGGGAACCGGCUGUGGAGCUUGCACCAGAACACGUUCCGUGGGCUGCGGGCACUCGAUCGCCUGCUGCUGCACCACAACCGGCUGCAGUGGGUGGACCGGCUGGCCUUCCACGACAUGCAGCGGCUCACCACGCUCUACCUGUUCAACAACUCGCUGACCCAGUUGCCCGCCGAGUGCCUGGCCCAGCUGCCCGCCCUCGAGUACCUCAGGCUCAACGACAAUCCCUGGGACUGUGGCUGCAGGGCACUGCUGCUCUGGGAUUGGCUGCGCCGUUUCCGGGGCUCCACCUCCGAGGUGGGCUGCCAUGAGCCGCCAGGGCUGGCCGGUCGGGACCUGAAGCAGCUGCGAAGAGAGGAGCUGCCCACGUGCUCGGGGUCCGAGUCGCUCCACCAGAGCAAGGCGGGUCCUCGGUCAGGGGCCGACACGGUCUCCCUGAAGAAGGAGGGCCAACCGCCGCCGUAUGGCGGACGUGAGCCGCUCCCACCGCCCUCCCCCCUGCCACACCCACCUCCAGCCAGCUCAGGGCUGCCCCCUGGGGGCGCUUCUGCGCAGAGGCCCAGGAACUGCACAAGGCAGCGCGGCAGGGGGGGCAAGGCCAAGGGGCAGAAUGGGGUGCACGCCCUGAAGGAGAUGACCGGUAAGGAGUAUCUACCCCCUGACUUUGGACCCGAGGACAGUAAAUAUGACCAUGGUAUCCCCAACGGUGUUCCCCCACGCAGGAAGCACAAGUGCACUCCCCGGCCGUCCAUGCGCCCCCCCAGUGGAGUCCUGCAGGCCACCAACCAGGCGAUGUGCUGCCGGUCCCAACACCUGCUCUGCGCUGUGCUGGGAAUCCUUGUGCCCUUAACUUCCGUCAUACUGCGUUGAGCCAGCAGGGGGCGUCUCUGACUCCCAACAAUCCAGCCUUCAUACUCACUUUAACCCCAGCACUCACGGGCCUGUUUGUGUGUAUGUGUGAGCAUGUGCGUGGGCGUAAGAGAGAACUUUAGCGUAACUGCGUCCACGUGAGAAGCUCAUUACUCCGAGACUGGAUUCGAGACGGAGAAUGGCUGUUACUCUCGGCUUCAGCCGUCUGUCAGAUGAGACAUUUGGAGUCUCGUUGUCCAGGUACUAAAGGACAAGAGGCAUGGGCUGGACAGCCACUGACUGCCAUCGGUGACACCUCACCCUGUGCUCAGGACUCCAUUGUUAGCGCCAUCUACAGUUCAAAAGGGAGACAGCAUUUGAAACAUGCAGUAAAGAAACUAAACGAAACAGGCUGGAAGCUGAGUCUGGGCUUUCAGAAAAGGGAUUGAAAAGCCUUCACCCAUUACUAAUGUGCAGAAAAUGCUACCAAAUGCCAAGACUUUACAGCGUUACUCAUUUUUACGGCCAGUUACUGUGUGCAGCACGUGUGAGCAUUGGCAGGUGGUGUCCAGGUAGAUCCAGGAGGGAACAGCAACGGCUCGGAAGGUUGGCUGGGUUUUUCCUGUAAUUCUCUGCUCUACCAAAUGAAGGCUAUGUAUGAAUGAAUCCCUGGAAUAGCCAAUCAAACAUAAGAGUCUGUAGAGAAAGCUUGCCCACAGAAGAAUCUGCCCUCCUCUAGCAGCGAAUCAAAGUGCUUAUCACCCUUCCUGAUUGAUCUUUAAUUGGCCACGGUGUAUAGAUGAGGGUUUGGGCGGUGCCAUCGGGGAGAACGGUCAAGGGCGACACGUCCCUUAUUCCAGCCAGUCACCUUCCCAUGGAACAUCUGACUUCAUGCAUAAUAAAACAGGCUAAAUAAAAUUCUGCCUUCAAAUUUUCCAAAAAGCACAGGUAACAUCCCACCUCAUAACGGAACUUCAUAGAUGGGUAGUAAACAACAAAAUAUUAAGACAUAAUAAAAAAUGAACAUGUAAAUCUAAAGAAAUGACUCUUUGCUGCAAACGUGACACGGACGCCCUGGAGGGCGGGUAACCCAGCAUGGAGGCAGAGAGGCCCUGGGUGCGGAUGCAGACCUCAGACACACCUCUGCAUCGGCAGGGUACUGGUGUCAAGCAGGGAGGUGCUGCAGCCAAGAAGGGGGGCGUGGCCACCGGAUGGGUGUGGCCAUAAACUGGGCGUGGUCACCAAAUGGGCGAGGCCACGGGAUGCAGGAGCGAGAGAUACGACACCCCCAUCUGCGGAUCGGUGGGGACUUCACGCCUCCAAAGCUAGAUUAUCCCGAGACUGUUUGUACUGAUGUGAACUGUACCAUUACCGCUAAUAAAAUGAGUAAUUACCGUGCCGAUAUUAACCAUCAGUUAUCAUGAAAAUGACUAUUAAUGACAUUAACAGGGUUCCAGUUUCCAAGAGAGAGCAGUAUAUUUAUUUAAAUUUAUUUUUAGUUCUUUUUGUAAGGUUCUCAGCACCAUUUUCAAAAAAUAAUAAUAAUACCCAGUCCUGUGUACUUAUCCUUAUUUUGAGUCAUGACUGAAGAAUAAUACAGAGA